CUUCCCGGCGGUCCGUGAACGCAGCACAGGUUUUCCAGGGAGUGGCACCUGCACCUGUCCGACCUGUCUGCAGGAGCAGGAGGAGGAGGAGGAGGAGGAGGAGGAGGUGGAUAGGGGACACAUGACUCCGGAGGAAUUUGCCUCUGCUGCUCCCGUCCUUUGUGUAACGGAGUGAGUUCAGCGUGGGAGACGGAGGGUGAGAGGCAGAGGAGAGGGGGGGACACACAGAGGAAGAGAUGUCGGAACAACCAGCCGCCAACCCCGCUGCCACCUCGUUCCCUGCCCCGACUAUCUCGCUCCCUCUGGGGCUAGAAGUACUGAGGACUUACUCCGGAGCUCUUGUCUGCUUAGAAAUAUUAUUCGGGAGUUUAGUAUGGAUCCUGGUGGCCUCCUCCAACGUGCCCGUGCCUCUGCUGCAGGGCUGGGUGAUGUUCGUCUCUGUUACCACCUUCUUCCUUUCCUCCGCCUACCUCACGCUCCUCAUCACCGGCCUGGCUGACCGCAUCAACACCGACUGGAACUUCUUGGAUGUGUUUUACCAUUUCUUAGCUCUGCUGUUCUACUUUGCCGCCUUCGUGUUGGAGGCAGCGACCACAGCAGCGAACGGAAGAGCCCAAGUCAACAGCACUGCAACUGGCUGGUGUUUUACUCAUCCUCCAGGCAACAUAUUCACAGUCCUGAGUGAAACGCAGUACAGUAUUAAUGUGGCAGCCACGAUAUUUGCAUUCAUAGUGACGCUAUGCUACGGCUGCAGUAUGGUGAUGGGCUUCAAGAGGUGGAUAGUGUAACCCGGAAAAAAAUAACAUAAACACAUUUUACAAACGCUGCGUAACUUCAGCAUAAAACAUCACAACAUCCACCCCAGACUCCAGAGAAAACACAGGUUUUAGUUGAGCACAAACUCGAUAAUUUCCUGAUGGGAAUCUCCUGUCAGCGAGCGAUCACAGCGUCAAAGCUACACUGGGAAAGUGUAAAGGAAAAGAAUUCUGCAUCAGUCAAAAUAUCUGUCAAGAUUUCUGGAAAAUAAUAUUCCCGCAGAUUCCAAUCGUCUGAGGUUUGGUUUCAAGCUCUGUAGGUUGAGUCUGCUUUGAAAGUAUUUUGAGAACAACUGGGAAAAGUAGUUGUUGUCCAGUUAGCACCAAAUGAUUUGUAUUGCUCUGCUGCUAACAGGAUGAUUUCACUGCUUUGCCAGGAAAAUCUAUGUGGGAAGUUCGGGAACGUUCCGCAUUUUGAGGCUCAUACUGGGUCAUUUUACGAGAUGCAAGUGACGCCUCUGACAGUUAUGGUUUUGUUUUCUUACCCGCUUUGUUAAUCAUACAGAUAUUGACCCAUUUCCUGAGUCACAUCUUCUCUGGAGGAAAUAUUUCCCAUCGCCAUGACCACAAAAACGCGUCUAUGUUCUGUGUAUGCAGCUGAAAAGAUAUGUACAACAACAACACAUGAUGGAGAAGACCCUGAAAGGCAAAGUGAUCGUUUUUACUGUCCUCCAGUUACUUUGGUGCUAAAGAGCCGCAGACUCACUCUAGAUUAAACACGUGGCCAUUAUUUAAACUGUGAGUUUACCCGAUGUUUGAAUUUCAAAGGUUUGAUUACUUGUUAAUAGCAAUUUUUGUCAAAUUUUUUCAGCAUAAAUAUUUUUCACAAUAUUGUAACUAUUGUGCUAUUCAGUCAAUUUACUGUCUGUCACUGUUAAAACCUUAAUGAGUGCUGUCCUGUGUGUGACUCAGUGAUGAAUACAACUCGACCGAGGUCUGGAUUAAUUUGUUCUGAUGAGUUUUACUAAAAACAAAUAAUCAAAUCUUUAGCAUUAAUAUAAAUGCUUUUGUCACCUGCUAUAUUUCAAAUAACAGUGAUUGUGGAUUUUUUAAUAUAUAUGCUUUAAGUAGUACGUUUUAAGUGUUUUAUUGUAUAUGUAUUGAUACAUCAUUCAAUUUUCCAAAUCAAUAACAUUCUUAAUUCCAACAUGAUUUGUUAGCUAUAUUUAUUGUGGACAUUUGUUAGCAUUAGGCUAUUCACAUUUAAUUAGUAAUUAAAGCAGUUAUAAAAGAAGAAUAUGUGAUUUUGACAAGUGCAGUUUUUAAUGCAUUUGUAGAGCUGCAGAAAUAAAGGUUUUUCA